ACAGCGCCUGCCCGGCCCCCUCCGCGAUGUCCAAGGCCGAGGAGGCCAAGAAGCUGGCGGGACGCGCGGCCGUGGAGAACCACGUGAGGAAUAACCAAGUGCUAGGAAUUGGAAGUGGCUCUACAAUUGUUCAUGCUGUGCAGCGAAUAGCUGAAAGAGUGAAACAAGAGAAUCUGAACCUUGUCUGCAUUCCCACCUCCUUCCAGGCCCGUCAGCUCAUCUUGCAGUAUGGCUUAACUCUCAGUGACCUGGACCGACACCCAGAGAUUGACCUUGCCAUUGAUGGUGCUGAUGAAGUAGAUGCUGAUCUCAAUCUCAUCAGGGGCGGUGGAGGCUGCCUGACCCAGGAGAAAAUUGUGGCUGGCUAUGCCAGUCGCUUCAUCGUGAUCGCCGACUUCAGGAAAGAUUCAAAGAACCUCGGGGAUCAGUGGCACAAGGGAAUCCCCAUUGAGGUCAUCCCAAUGGCCUAUGUCCCAGUGAGCCGAGCCGUGACUCAGAAGUUUGGGGGCGUGAUUGAACUUCGAAUGGCUGUCAACAAGGCAGGUCCUGUGGUGACGGAUAAUGGGAAUUUUAUCCUGGACUGGAAGUUUGAUCGGGUGCACAAAUGGAGUGAAGUGAACACAGCUAUCAAA